GGGAUAGUUCAUUUCUCUUCCCGCUCCGGACUCGGGAGGAUGAGUUGCAUUAACCUGCCCACCGUGCUGCCCGGCUCCCCCAACAAGAUCCGGGGACAGAUCCAGGUGAUCUUAGGGCCUAUGUUCUCCGGGAAAAGCACAGAGCUCAUGCGGAGAGUCCGGCGGUUCCAGAUUGCCCAGUACAAGUGCCUCGUGAUCAAGUAUGCCAAAGACACUCGAUAUGGCAAAAGUUUCUCCACACAUGACCGGAACACUAUGGAAGCACUCCCAGCCUGCUUGCUUCGGGAUGUGGCCCAGGAUGCUCUGGCUGUGACUGUCAUUGGCAUUGAUGAGGGACAGUUUUUUCCAGACAUUGUAGAAUUCAGUGAGACUAUGGCAAAUGCCGGGAAGACUGUGAUUGUAGCUGCACUGGAUGGGACCUUUCAGAGGAAGGCAUUUGGGAAUAUCCUGAACUUGAUACCACUGGCAGAAAGUGUAGUGAAACUGACCGCAGUGUGCAUGGAGUGUUUCCGGGAAGCUGCUUAUACUAAGAGACUAGGGGUGGAGAAAGAGGUAAUUUCUCCUUUCAUUCCCUUCCCCAUUCUUCUUGUUGAAGUGAUUGGUGGUGCUGACAAAUAUCAUUCUGUGUGUCGACUCUGCUAUUUCAAGAAGUUCUCAGGACAGUCUACUGGGCCAGAGAAUAAAGAGAAUUGCCCCCUCAAUGGGAAGUUGGAGGACACCUCAAGCUGUCGGAAACUCUUUACUGCUCAACAGAUUCUUCAAUGCAGUUCAAACAAUUGAGGCAGUUGGAAUAUACCUAGAACUGGCCUCCUGGAGAGAGAUACCUUCAAGCAUUCUGACUGUGUGUGUAUAUAUGGGGAAGUCACCUGCACUUGUUUCUCCAUUUCUAGCCAUGUCACACCUAUUGCUUAUACCACCACCAUGUUUCUAUGUUCCUCAGAAAAAGGGAGGACUAGAAAAGACCUUGGGAAGAGAGAAAUAGGAAAGAAGCAGUGCUUUCAUAACUUGAAAAAAACUUUUUGAAACCAAGACUAUAUUUUAUAACAAUUCCAUCCUUCCUCUGUUUGCCAUCCUGCCCCAACUUCUGCUUGGCAGAACAUACAUUGCCAGUAAAAUCCAAAAUCUUUCACUUUCCUUUCUUCGGCUUCAGUAUUUCUAAAUAAAGUCUUUGUUAUUUCCCUAAGUUGCCUCCUCAUGCUGCGAGCUGUGCUUAUGCAAGAAGCUAAGUCUAAAAGCAUUGAGGGUUUCCCUGAUUCCUUUGACUGGAGUUAUAGCAAAAUUCUGUGAUGGAAGACAUUACUUCCUCAUCUGUGAUAUUUAUCCUGACUUUCUGUUCUCAGAACCUUAAGAUUUUGCCUUUUCUUAAUUCUGUCAACACGAUUAUGAUAACUUUGUGCUUUUUUUUUUUUUUUUGGGGGGGGGGGUGUCCUAUAAAAGUACCCAAUAGCUUCCAGCAGCUCCUUCAAGCCUGGGAACUUUAGUUUCCUAAGAAUAUAUGAGUCAGAGGACAGACUCUGACCUUUACCUGGGUUCUGAUUAGCCUAGUAUGUCUCAACUUAUAAUGAUGGCUUUUUUGAGUUGAUGGGAGAGGACAGGAAGGUUCUGCUAUAAAAGAUGAAAAUUGAAACUACCCUUUAGACAUUGUUCUCUUUAGCCUUUUAGGUUUUUCCUGUGUCAUGAGGGAGUUGUGGCUUUCCCCUUACACACUGGGAUUAUGUGGGCUGCUAGAAUGAGGUGAGAGGAUUUCUCCAGCCAUUCUCAGUUCUUAUUAAUAUCACAGCACCUCUGUCUGGGACCUACUGCCUUAAGUUUGUUGAGAGAAGUACCAAAGCACUGUUGACUAAGAGUUAGUUGGGCCAUGGUAAGGCCAAUAUCAGAUUCAGAGGACUAUCCUUCAAAACCUAGAGUCAGGGUUUUGUUCAUGGAGCUUGUUUGCUGUAUCUAUUAGGGAGAGAACAGUAUUAGACCUAAAGACUUACAAAAGCAGAGAAUGGUCUUGUCUUGGUGAGAAGCAAACAUCAGACUCUUUAUCACAUCCAUUCGUUCAUUUAACAGACAUUAAGACUUGUUCUUCACCUACAACGAAUUUAUACUUCUACUGAGAAAACAUGGCUACAAAUAAAUGAAGAGGCAGAUGUGAUAGGUAACGUAUAGAAGAAGAGAAUUUGUUUUUGAAGAGGUACAUUGAGCUAAAAAGUUUGGACUUGUUUUAGUUUUUCAUUGGGAAGCUACUGAAGGUUUGUUUGCCAAGGAAGUGACAAAAUCAAACUUGUGUACAAGGAAGAUUAAAAUGGCAGUAAUAUGUUUGCAAGAUAAAAUGGGAAAAUGGUAAAAAGAACUUUAACGUAAUUCUAUCAGAUUCCUCAUUCCCUUCUAAGUUGGUGAUCUUUGUACACAACACUCCCUCCUUACUUGGUGAUUUCAAUGACUGUCCCCUAUGCCUGGAAUGUUCUCCUUUUUGCCUCCUAGUUUCCCUGGCUUCAAAUCUUAGUACUUUAAAGUCCUUCCUUAAUAAAGCUUUUUUUUUUUUUGAGAGAGAGAGUGAUCAGUAACUUAGUCUUUAUUUUUCACCUAUAUGAAGAAUUGGAAUCUAAGGGUAUAUAUCAAAAAGGGAGAUGGCUCCGAAAUGAAGGCAAUGGUUUCAGAGAAACCUGGGAAGAUACGUAUGAACUGAUGCCAAAAUGAAAUGAGCAGAAUAAGGAAAACAUUUAGGGUAGGAGGAGGAGGGAAAGAAGGGAUAAUUUGGAACAUAAGGUUUUGCAAUGGUCAGUGUCAAAAAAUUAUCUAUGCAUGUGUUUUGAAAAUAAAAAGCUUUAAUAAAAUUUUAAAAAUUUUGUAAAAGAGCCUAAAUUUUGGCAGAAAACCUAUUCUAGCUAUGUGAAUUAGGCUAGCCAUUUUUUUCUCCCUCUGAGCUUCAGUUUGUAAAAUGGAUGUGAGGAGGGCUAGCUUUGAUAAUAGCUAACAUUUAUACAGUAUACUUAAGAUUGGCAAAGCAUUUUACAUAUACUUAUUUGAUCCUUCUAACAACCUUGUGAGGUAAAUGAUAUUGCCAUCCCCAUUUUACAUUUUGCCUAUGAGGAAAUUGAGGCACAAAGAUUAACAUCUAUGACUAGUCACACAUCUAGUAUGUGUCUGAGUCAGGAUUUAAAGUUGGGUCUUCCUGACUUUAAAGUUCUGGCCUCCAUCUAUUGUAUUAUCUCGCUAUUCCUCUGUGAAAGACUACUAUGAUGAAACUGGUUGAAUAAAGCCUUUUCAUUCCUCCUUAA